AUGGCCUUCAAUAUAAUUAUCGCUCUUAAGCUCCAAAUCCUAUUUCAAAUAUCCCAAGCUUUCAAUGUGGAUAUUUUAGUAUCAAACUCUACACCGCCAGGCCUUGCAAAUUACUUGUGGAGAUCUUUAAAUGAAAAGUUUCAAAGGGACUUUACAUUUAUAUUAACGAGUGCUGAGGAUUGCAACUUUCAAAUUGGUUGCAUCCAUUUGCCAAGUCUAGCGAUUGAUGCCACUUUUAACAGUUUUUAUUCCUUCCAAAUAAGAGCUUAUUCUGAAACCUCUCAUUUUUUGUACAUAAAUCUGAACCAGCAAAUAGGCAUAUAUGGUAAAUAUGAAUUUUUUAGUCACAAUUCUCGUGAUUUUCAUUAUCAGGCCUUAAACCAGCUGAUAAAGUAUUUCGGUUGAAAAAAUUUUAUAGUAAUAGCAAAUAGUGCAGUAAAUCCCAUUUCACUUUUAUUGAAAAAAGAGGGCAAAGGCUUGCCGGUGCUUUGCACAGAUACUGAAAAUCAAGAUAUUUAUGAUUUAAUUAUAGGAAGAGAAGUAAAACCGACUGGUAUAGGGAAUAUCAUUAUUCUUAACAGUGGUAGAAGUUCUUCUAUGAUAGUCACAAGUUUAGGCUCUAAAAUGAUGCUAAAAAGCGGUUAUGGAGUCAUCAUGGGAAGCGAUAGUAUUUGAGGAAACUUCACUAAUGAUGGACUCGUAUUUUAUACUGAAGAAGGCCUUGAAAAUGCAACAAGCUAUAAUCACUAUGAAUAUUUGGCUCUAGAAAAAGUUUUAAAAACUGUUUUACAAGUUAUAGACUAUAAAACACAAGAAAUUAUGCAAAUACUAGAAAAAAGGACUAUCAAUCACAGUCCAUUUCCAAAUUUUUCGAUUAUAAACAUCCAAAAUGGCCAGAAAAUCAAAGUGGGAGGAAUUGCAAACGGAAAAAUUUCGAUUAAAAAUGCUUUAGUUUAUCCUGGAAACUCAACUACCAUUCCUAACUUGCCAAGAGCAAACAUUACAAUUUCCCUUGCCGAUGGGGUAAGAGAUCCGGGUGGUAUAAAUGCCACUUAUAACAUUUUAAUCCGGCACGGUAAUUACUUUGCUUUCCGCUCUGCUCGUCAAUCCGGGCUUCUUAGGAGUUUCAAUUUAAAUGUUCAGUCUACAGACUGUGGAGUUACACUUUACAGUAAAAAUUUAUCAAGGCCAUGCUUUGAAAAACUAAAAGAUAAGAUUGGAGUGGUUCACUUAUCUUCCAAGCGUGAUCCCGUUUGCAUUGGAAUAAUCACGGACUUUAGAGCUCUUGGCAUUUCUGCUCCAAUCAUAUCUAAUGGAUGUGAAUUUACUCCUGAGUUGCUGAAUAAGUCAAUAUUUCCAGAAUUCAUGACUAUUUAUAAAGAAGAAUCAUUUACAGCAGGGGUUUUUCCAGAGCUUGCAAGCAUUUUUGGCUGGAAAAAAGUUGUUGUUGUUCACCGGCCUGAAUGAUCCAAAAAAACAUACGACACUAUGGUAACUAAGCUCUCAAAAUAUCAUAUAGAAGUAGCUAAUAAUCCAUCCUAUUAUUUUACCACUGUUUAUACAACUGACCAGCUAGAAGACUACAAAGAUUAUUUUUUAGAUAUAAUUAAUUCUAAAUGUAGGAUCUUGAUCGCCUUAGUCGAUCCCAAAACAUUUGCAAAUUUCCUGAUAUCGCUUUAUGAUUUAGGAAUGAGAAAAGGUGAUAUACUUUUUUUGCUUCCAUAUAGAUAUUCUCUAACUGAUCUCUUAUCGUCAUUCGAAGGUGAUAGCGCAAAACUUCUUGAAAUGUUCCAACGGUCCUUAACUGCAAAUUUAGCUGAGUGAAUAGGAGAUUAUGGUCAAUCAUUGAAAAAUCAAUGUGAACAAAUUUAUCAUCAUUCUAAUCAUUUAGGAUUUUCCUAUGAUCAAACAAUGCUGGCAUUAAAUGGGAUUGAUUAUAGCAUUACUAAAGGGGAUAAUCUUGAAAAUUCUACUGCAAUUAAUGAAAAUAUUAGAAAACAAAAAUUUUUUGGAGCUACUGGGACUCUAUCUAUAGAGCCAGAUGGUAACAGCAGAAGUAUUUUUUAUGUAAAUAUCUUCAGCGUUCUUCCAAUUGCUAACGCAUCUCUGAAUGGAGACGAAGUAGUUGGAAAUUAUAGCAUUUCAGGAAACCAAAGAUUUCUAUUUAAUAAAAUUAUAUGACCAGGCGAAACAAACGUCAUUCCAAGUAAUAUGAGAACAAAUCAAAUAGAUUGUCCUUUUAGUUAUAGAUUAGUACAGGACUCUUUGGAUGGAAAAAUGGUAUUUUUAGCAAUUGUCAGUUCCUUAAUUAUUGUCGAAAUAUCAUUAGUGGUUUUCCUGCAGAAACGAUGAAAAGAAGUGAAAUUCGAGGAUCUUAAGGAGCCGAAAAUGAUAAAAUUCGGAGACUUCUUGAUGAUGGCAAUUCUUUGAAUAGAAACUCUGGAGUUAAUUUCAAUUGGUCCUAACAUGAAAUCAUAUAGCACAGUAAUAUCGCAAUUUAUUAGACUGUUCUCUGCAGAUUGAAAUGGGCCGUUGAACGUUCACGGAGAUAGUUUCUGGAUCGAAGUCUAUAUAGUAGUAUCAAUUAUAAGCUUUAUGGGGUAUUCAGCAUUCAUUGUAACAAAAAAAUAUAGCGAAAAAUACUCCAAUUACUUUUUUGAGGUAAAUGAGCUUAUAUCAGAAAUCGGAAUUCUUUUGCUGUGUAGUAUUGCAUACAUUCCAUUAGUAUCUAUACUUUUCUCUGUGUUUUUAUGCAAAGAGAGUGCAGGAGACUCUAUUACAGAUAGUUUUGUAUCUAAUGAUUGCUAUACAUACUGUUGAAAAGGAUUUCAUUUAUCGAUUUCUUUGCUUUGUCUUAUAAUUUUAUUAUUAUACAUGACACUCACAAUAUAUUUCCAGCCUUCAUGACAGCUUUAUCAUCCAAUUUUCAAUAUUGCUCUACAUCCAAAAACUGCAGUAUACAAAUCUGCUUUAUAUUUUAUUAUGAUAGGAGUCAAUAAAAACCUUGAUUUUGUUAGCAAAGCUCUAGAAGGAAUGGUUUACUCUUUUAUUCUGCUUGCUCUUGCUUUUAUAUAUUGGAAAAUUCGUAUCUAUAAUUAUCCACGAAUGAAUAUGUGAGCCAUUAUUUCGGUUUUUGCUGUAAUUUGGAGUAAUGUGAUUUCUAGUAUUUAUUCUCUUGUAAAUGAUGAUAUGAAUUCCCUUUGGGAACUCGGACUCAUAAUAGGGUGGGGAAUUUUAGGAGUAGCUGGUAUGGUAUUGCAGGCUUUAAAGUUCCAAAAUUUAUUAAUCACAGAGAAAGGCAUCGAAAUGGGAUUUUUAUUCAAAUUUAGUUUGGGAAGCAAGAUUUGUGCAACUGAAAUAAAUAUUUUGAAGAUAAAUAAUGGCUCUUAUUCUAAAGACCCGCUUUUUGCAAGCUCAAAAACACCAGAUAGCCAUUUGAAAAACGAGGAGAAUUUUGCAGGAUCUCAAUGGAUUUCAGAUAAUUAA